AUGUUACGUCGUGUUUUUUCAACUUUGCCAAAUGAUUACCACACAGCAUCCAACCUAAAGAACGGGCCAAAACAUUAUUCCACCACGGCUGUUUUGAGGUGCCCUACGUUAACUAAUAAUAAUGAAGGUAACCACCAGCCCGUUGCCGACUUUUAUGCUGGGAAAUCCGUGUUCAUAACAGGAGGUACUGGGUUCCUAGGAAAGAUUUUAAUAGAAAGACUUCUUUACAACUGCAAAGAAAUCGACAAAGUCUACGUGCUCGUGAGGGAGAAACGUGGAGUACGAGCACAUGACAGGCUGAACGAUAUUGUUAAUAAUGAUCUGUUUUCUAAAUUAAAAGCAGAAAGACCGAGGGAUCUUAACAAGAUCGUUCCGAUUAUGGGUGAUAUUUCUUCGCUCAAAUUGGGGAUCAAACCUGAGGAUGAAAUGACUUUGAUCGAAAAGGUAUCUGUGGUAUUCCAUUCGGCGGCAGAUGUCAGGUUCAACAGAUCUUUGAGAGAUAUACUAAAGCUUAACGUUGAAGGAACGAGGGAGCUGUUGAAUUUAUCACGGCAAAUUAGAAAUAUUGAGUCUUUUGUGUAUAUCUCGACGGCGUUUUCAAAUGCGGAUAUGAGAACAACGAUUGAUGAAAUUGUUUACCCUCCACCCUAUAGACUGAACGAAGUUUACGAAUUCAUUAAAAAUGAUGAAGUUGACAUGAAAAAAAUUUUGAGAGGGAAACCAAACACAUAUGCUUUCUCCAAGUCGCUGGCAGAAACUAUGGUCACUAAGAAUCACGGAAAUAUACCUACAGUUAUUAUACGGCCUUCAAUCGUGUGCUCUGCAAAGAAUGAGCCUAUUCCCGGAUGGCUCGAUAAUUGGUACGGGGCUACGGGUCUUGCGUACUACGCAAGCAAAGGUAUAAAUCGAGUUAUAUGGGGCAAAAAAACAGUUCUGAUGAACAUAAUUCCAGCAGAUUAUACAACAAACUUAACGAUCGUUGCAGCAGCAAGAUGUAGCAAGACAGACACUGACGUUAAAGUAUAUAAUUCUUGCACUAGUGCCGACAAACCUCUUACAUGGAGUUCUUUGGCAGAUAAAUUUGCAGAAGAAUAUCCAAAGCUUGACCAAGACACUGUAAAAAAACCGAAGCUCUAUUUUAUCUCAUCACCAUGGUUGGUAUCUAUAUUGACGUUGGUUUUGCACAAGGCCCCAGCUAACGUUGCUGAUCUCUGGCUACGUUGUAGAGGAAAAGAACCAAGAUACGUCAAAGAACUCAGCAGAGCGUUGGCCGGGCGUGAUGCACUUAGAUAUUUCACGUCCAACUCCUUUAUUUGGAACGUCAGCAACGCUCGCAACCUCUACUACUCCUUGUCGCCGAGUGAUCGUGAGCACUUUCCCUUCGACCCCAGCGAAAUAAAUUGGAACGAAUACAUCAAAGACUACUGCGCCGGCGUCUAUAAAUAUUUGGUGGCCAAGAAAAACAAUAGA